AAAGAUUUAUCUAUUUUAUAUUCUUAAGAAAGCAAUGCGCGGGAGUAACCGUUUGAGACAGUUACGAGCACUGUCGCAGCACAUCCAAGAACCCCACAGCAAACUCCAACCAAACAUUACCAGAAGCACAAACCCAUAUCCCUCAAAGAAAUCACUAACCCUCAGGCACGGGACCAAGAACAAGCCACCUCCUGUGGGAGAUUCAGACAUAAAGAAAUGGAACAUGGCCAUCACUACCCAUAUGCGCAAUGGGCAACUGGAGUCCGCUCUGCAUGUUUUCAACACAAUGCCUCGGCGAAGUUCAGUCUCCUACAACGCCAUGAUAUCUGGGUACCUGACUAAUGAUAAGUUUGAUCUAGCAAAAGACCUGUUUGAUAAAAUGCCUGAGAGAGACUUGGUUUCAUGGAAUGUGAUGAUUAGUGGGUGUAUAAGGAAUAAUAAUCUAGCAGCUGCAAGUGAGUUGUUUGAACAAAUGCCCGAAAGGGAUGUGGUGUCAUGGAAUACUAUGUUAUCAGGUUAUGCACAAAAUGGUUGUGUAAAUGAGGCAAGGAAGAUUUUUGACAGAAUGCCUGAUAAGAAUGCUAUUUCGUGGAAUGCAUUGCUUGCAACGUAUGUGCACAAUGGGAGGAUAGAGGAGGCUCGUAGAUUGUUUGAGUCAAAGACAGAUUGGGAGGCAGUUUCUUGGAAUUGUUUGAUGGGUGGAUUUGUAAAGAGGAAGAUGUUGGUUGAUGCCAGGCAGAUUUUUGACAGAAUGCGUGUGAGAGAUGAAGUUUCUUGGAAUACUAUCAUUACAGGUUAUGCGCAAAAUGGAGAGAUUGAGGAGGCAAGGAGAUUAUUUGAUGAUUCCCCAAUUCAUGAUGUGUUUACAUGGACAGCAAUGGUGUCGGGGUAUGUGCAGAAUGGGAUGGUAAAUGAAGCAAGAAGAUUUUUUGAAGAAAUGCCUGAAAAGAAUUCAGUUUCGUGGAAUGCAAUGAUUGCAGGAUAUGUGCAAUACAAGAAAAUGGAUAUGGCAAGAGAAAUGUUUGAGACAAUGCCUUGUCGGAAUGUUACUUCUUGGAAUACAAUGAUCACUGGGUAUGCUCAGGCAGGUUAUGGUCAAAGUGGCUAUAGUGAAGAGGCUUUGCGUCUUUUUGUGGAGAUGAAAAGAUGUGGGGAAAGAUUGAAUAGGUCCUCAUUUACUUGUGCCUUAAGCACAUGUGCCCAAAUUGCUGCUUUAGAGUUGGGGAAACAGUUGCAUGGGAGGCUAGUUAAGGCAGGAUUUGAAACUGGCUGCUUUGUGGGAAAUGCACUUCUUUUAAUGUAUUGCAAGUGUGGAAGCAUAGAUGAGGCAUGCACUGCCUUUGAAGAAAUAGCAGAGAAGGAUGUUGUGUCCUGGAACACAAUGAUUGCUGGUUAUGCAAGACAUGGAUUUGGCAAAGUGGCUCUAAUGAUCUUUGAGUCAAUGAAGAAUGCGGGUUUCAAACCAGAUGAUGCCACUAUGGUUGGUGUAUUAUCUGCUUGCAGUCAUGCUGGCUUGGUAGAGAGGGGCAGAGAAUAUUUCUAUUCAAUGAAUCAAGAUUAUGGUAUAACAGCAAAUUCAAGACAUUAUACUUGCAUGGUUGAUCUUCUUGGUCGAGCAGGGCGCCUGGAUGAAGCCCAGAAUUUAAUGAGGAACAUGCCUUUUGAACCAGAUGCUGCAACAUGGGGUGCUUUACUCGGUGCAAGCAGAAAACAUGGCAACAUGGCAUUAGCUGAAAAGGCUGCUGAGGUAAUGUUUGAAAUGGAGCCUGACAAUGCUGGAAUGUAUGUUCUUCUCUCAAAUUUAUAUGCAGCUUCAGGUAGAUGGGCUGAUGUUGGUAAGAUGAGAUUGAAAAUGAGGGAAAAUGGAGUGAAGAAAGUACCAGGCUGUAGUUGGCUUGAGGUACAGAACAAGAUUCAUACAUUUUCAGUAGGGGACUCAUGCCACCCCAAGAGGGAUAGAAUAUAUUCCUAUUUAGAGGAGUUGAAUUUGAAAAUGAAACAGGAGGGGUAUGUUUCCUCCACAAAAUUGGUGUUGCAUGAUGUAGAUGAGGAGGAGAAAGAGCAUAUGCUUAAGUAUCAUAGUGAAAAGUUAGCUGUGGCAUUUGGCAUCUUGUCCAUACCUGUUGGGAGACCAAUACGCGUGAUAAAAAACUUGCGUGUUUGUGAAGAUUGUCAUAAUGCCAUCAAAUACAUAUCAAAAAUUGCAGACAGGUUGAUCAUCUUACGAGACUCUAACCGCUUUCACCACUUCAGCGGGGGUUCAUGUUCAUGUGGAGAUUACUGGUGAUUGCUAAAGAGACUGUUUAAAGCAAAAAGACUGGGGAUUCUUUUCAGUGAUAUAAUGUCUUGACGGCUUAGAUCCUUAUGAUGGAUACUUUUUUGCCAAACAAAUCAGCCAGGUUAUUAAAAAAGUGUUGAGGUAGAAACAUCUAGGCUAAAUGACUCCCGGAUGAGCAAGAUAUUUUUUUGUUUGCUCAUUUCUGGUCAUUGAAAAUAGCAAUGGUCCUCAUGAUCCAUUCAAGAGUUGAUUCAUGGUUCUUCCAUCUUAUCAAAGGGUGACGAAGCUUUCUUCAUAAUUUGAGAAUGUCAAGCUAUUGCAACACUGUGCCUUAUUUGAACUCAGUACCCAACUUCUACAUAUGAAAAUGCCUGUUUGGUCUACUCUGGAUAUCAGAGAUGAAAUUACACCAUUUGGAAGCUUGCUAUGAAAUAGAAGGUUUCUAGUUGAAUUUAUUUGUAUAGAUUGGUAACCGGUGAGAAAAAGUACGGACUAAUUCUUUGCAAGUGCUGCAUGGUUAUGACUUGCUGAGCCUGUCAUCAUUACCAUACAGAAAAGAAUAAAAACAAUUUUCAGGAAACUUGGUUAAUCCAUACCUUUUUAGCAUCUAAUCAUUGAAUUAGCAUUCUCACUUACAUUGUCCAUGCAGGAGUAAGAUGGGAAACACUUGAAAGUGGCAGUACAGUGGAGAAGAUGUAAUGCAAAGAGAGUAGAAAUAAUCAGGUCGGUGAAUUCUGGAGAAAUCCUGAUGCUAGGAGGAACUUAGAAAUCCUUGGGAAUAAAUGUAUUUUCAGUUG